AUGACGCCUGGUACCCACAACCCGAGGCCGGAAGAACAGCUCAGAGUCCUGGCAAGCGCCAGCGGUGGAGGGCACCCAGGGCCGAGGCCCCUUUGGGCCGGGCACUCGGCGGAGCCCCAGAUGGAGCCAGCCAGGCUCAGAACUCAGGACCCUCAGCCCAGGGUGGCCAGCGUCCGAGUGCAGGAGCUGCACUGGCCAGGUCGCCACAAUCCCCGGCCACGGAGCCAUGGCACAAGCAGCAGCAUGGGCAGCCAGGGCCCCCAUCUCCUGGAGGACUUCCUGUCUCCUUCCCAACUGCGGUCCCUGGCCCGGGUGGAUGACCUGCACGCAGUGACUGUGCUGGAGCUGUGUGUGGACGCCCACCAGAACAGCCUGGGAAACUUCGGGGUGCACCUGCCCAACCUCAGCCAGCUGAAGCUGAACGGCAGCCGCCUAACCUCAGUGAGAGACCUGGGCACGUCUCUGGGCCGCCUGCAGGUGCUGUGGCUGUCCCGCUGUGGCCUGCGUGACCUGGAUGGCAUUGGCUCCUUCCAAGCACUGAAGGAACUCUUUGUCUCCUACAACAAUAUCUGGGACCUGAGCCCGCUGUGCCUGCUGGAGCAGCUGGAGGUGCUGGACCUGGAAGGCAACAGUGUGGACGACUUGGGGCAGGUAUGCUACCUGCAGCUGUGCCCACGGCUGGCCACGCUCACCCUGGAGGGCAACCCGAUGUGCCUUCAGCCAGCCCCCAGCCCCUCCAGCACGGUGCACCAGGAUUACGACUACAGGACAGAGGUUCGGAGGCUCGUCCCCCAGCUGCAGGUGCUUGAUGAGGCCCCGGCUGCACAGACGAGCCAGCCAACCACCCGGACACUGAUCCAGGAUUGGCUCAUGGUGAAAGAGGCCAUCAGGGAGGGAUGCACCUUGGACAGUCUGCUGCCUGAGCUGGAUUGUCCUCAAGGAGCCGCCAUGUGGCGACUGGGCCCCAUUCGGACUCUGCCUGAAGCCCAGCCCCAGCAGACCAGCCCCUGGCCUCUCUCCCUACUGCUUCCUAGGACGCUUCUACCAGACAGCUUGUUCCCUGAGAACCUGGUUCCAGAAGAUGAAGCCAGUAACCUCACCCACGGUGCCAGCCAGGUCCUCUGCGGAAAUCCCACCAAAGGCCUUCGGGAGCGGAAACAGCAGUGUCAGACCUGGGUGCCCCCAGAACAGCUCCCCCUUCACAGGCCUGUGGGCCUCACUGUCAGCACCUCAGCCCAAAGGCCACAACCUGCAGACAGCCCAGUCCUCUCAGCCUCGGCCCCAUUCUGGUUCCGGACACAGAAAGAGCUGUGCCUAAGGCACCUGGAGUCGCUGAAAGAAGGGGCGGCAGCUCCCUGGGGUCCACAGCCACAGCCAAGUCCCAAGGAGCAACAGAACGAGGCUUGGCCCCCCAGCCUGGCACCCGGUCUGCCCCUUCGCUUUGCAAAACCCUCAGGGGCCUCAAGCUGCAAACUGGUUCCCUCUCCACCCAAGUACCGGAUGCCCCUCAACUCAGGCACAGGCUCCUGGGGGAUCACGGAGCAGCAGUUCAGGGGACGUCGGCUCAGGAGCCUGGGGCUGCCAGCACCCCCUCCGCUCCUUAGCAUCAGCCACUACCCCCAGGCUUGCCUGCAGCAGGGGAAGGGGCCCCUGUGUGGCUACGUGGCCUGGGCUCUGGUGUCUGCAGAGCUGGCAGUCGCCUGGUCCAGAGGUUCCCUGAUGGUGACGAGCAGGGUGUGGGGUGUGAGGAGAACAUCCAGCUGCUCCCCUGCCAUCAGCAACUGCCCAUUCAUUACUGGGGCCUGA